AUGUGUACGGCGUGGUUGCUGCCCGAGACACCGUUGACCGCAACCGCAACCUCGCUCUUUUGUAGGUCAAGGGCUAACUGCCAGGAACUAAAUGAACAUAACCCCUUUUUGUGCUUGACUGGUCCGUCUCGUGCAAUAUUGGCUGAUAACUCUGUUUCCUUUGAAGUUGAACUGAAGAUAAAGUAUGGAAGUAAGUCACAAGAUAUAGUAUUAUUCAGCUCUGUCGCUAGUUACCACUCCAGUUACCACGCAGCCUUGUUUCCAAGCGGUGUUUGUAGUGCAGAGUUAAGUUUAGGGAAACUUGCUAGAGCAGUCCAGGCCACAAUCCUUAGUGUUUGUGUUGUUGAAGGACCCUGGCCUUUUAAAUAUGGUGCCCGCAUUGCUUGUUCCCUGUCUGCUGCAGAGACUAAUGAUCCCUUAUCUAGGGAAGUUGUGUUGCUGGAUAUUCAUGGUGAAGAAAAAAUGCCAGACAAUGACCACUUUCAUCUGUCUAGGAAUGUUGUUUCAGUAGAAUUGCAAGGAACACUGAGAGUUGCCAUACAAGCCUACACACCAUCUUGUGCCAUUGCUCAACAGUCCCAUGUCGACUUCCCUGCCAAGUAUUGCCAAACAUCUAUAGGUGAAUGCCUUUUUGGCAACUCUAAAGUGAAGAUCAUUAUUGCUUGGUCCCUCCUGGUGAAAGAAAGGUUAGAUCUCAUGUUGGAUGGAUAUCUUGCCUAGCCGUAGAUGGUUAUGCUACUCUGAUCUGAAGUGUCAAGAAGAAUUUGUGAAGACCGGUUUAGGCUUUGUUACCUAAAUAUUUGUUUACCGGCUAUGACUUGUUUUGUCAAGCUUUAUUGUGGUCUUGUUAACAUGUUGAAGUAAUGUAUAUCUGCCAAUUAUGUGGAAUGUCCAAACUGCUUCCUCUUUAUCACCUUACAUUGUUAUUGUAUCUGAUUUUUUGAUUAUAAAUCGUUAUAUAUGUGAGCUUUCAUUUAC